AUGGCUUCGAAACCCCACCCUCCUCUGAUGAAGAAGCACAGUCAGACAGACUUGAUAAGCCGUCUGAAAAGCCGAAAAAUUCUUGGAGUUGGAGGCGAAGAUGACGAUGGGGAAGUUCACCGAUCAAAGAUCAGUCAGAUGCUGGGAAACGAGAUGAAGUUUGCAGUUCGUGAGCCAAUCGGGCUGAGGAUGUGGUUGCUAACAUCGGCGGUGGGCUUCACGGUCAUUGCCAUAAUGGCCUUGGUUUUUCCCAACCAUCUAUAUGAGGUUGUUUUUGAAGAGGAACUGUCUACAACCAGCCUCUCCGUUCGCCUUUACGGAGGGGCACUACUCAGCUUGGCCCUCAUCAUUUGGAAUGGCCUCUACACAGCAGAGAAGAUUGUCAUCCAGUGGACUCUGCUGAGUGAAGCUUGCUACUUUGCAGUGCAGUUUCUUGUGACAUCCAUCACCUUAAUUGAGAUCGGUGUGUUACCAAACACUGCCAUACUGCUGCUACUGAGCAGAGUACUCUUCCUAGUGGUCACAAUGGCUUACUACUACCACCUGGGUCGCAGGCCAAAGAAGAUCUAA